AUGCCCACUCAAUUCAUCCGAAAUCGGUCGGCAUUUCCACAGGGCAGUCAUAAUGAUAUGGACGAUUUUCAGUAUCAAAAUGAUUUUUCCCAGCUUCCAUCAUCUGCUUCAGGGUAUUCUGAGCCACAAAAUUACUCUCCUCCGCCUGGAAAAUCGACAACCACUGAUCCUCUGGCUGGAGCGCUUUUAGGUCUAUCAGACGUCAUUACAAAAUCCCUGAUUUCCCAUCCGUGCUCAGUGAUUCGUCGGCAGUGUCAAGUCCAUCAGAAUGCUGCAUCUCUCCAUCUCACCCCUGUCACUUUGAUUCCUGUUAUCUGUAAUUCUGUGGCUAAAGAAGGAGUUCAGACGUUUUGGAAGGGAGCUCUAGGGUCCAGUGUCCUCUGGGGACUCACGAAUGUUACCGAAAUUGUCUUGGGCGAUUUACUGGGUCUGCCACGUACCUUUGUGAUGAAUGGAAGUACUGAAAAGUAUUGGAGACAUAUUGUGUUGAAGGGUGUCACCUCUGUGGUCAUGACACCUUUCUACAUCUCCUCCUUUAUUGAAACUGUUAGAAGCGAAUCGGGCAUCGGCGGUGAGGACAACAAAAUUCUGGAUGUGCUGGUGAAGGGUGUGGAUCGAAUGCGUUAUUUUGUGUCGACAGGACGGGACGCUUCGCGGAAAUUCUCAAUUAUUCAUCUCGCCGUUCCAACGGCUGGUUUUCAAGUUGGUCACUACAUGCUCCAAACCGCGCUUUACAACCAGUUCUUCCGAAUGGCCACCCGUUAUGUAAAUCGAAAACCGGCUUCCGAGAAAACCACGUAUCACGAUUUCCUGCCCCAAAUGUUCGCUCAGACGUCGUCGAUGGUCCUCACUGACCUAAUUUUAUAUCCAUUUGAGACUAUUCUGCACCGGAUGUAUAUUCAGGGAACUAGAACGCUGAUUGAUAAUAUGGACACUGGAAUGUCGGCUGUCUCGAUUACUGUCAAAUAUUCGGGAUUCUUUGAUUGUGUGAAGAAAGUUCUCGAAACCGAGGGAUUUUGGGCACUUUAUGCGGGCGUUGGCGCAGUUCUUCUCGAAUAUUCCCUCCAUCAAGGUCUCCAACAACUGGUACGCGCCUGCUUCGACCGAGGAUCCGAAUUGCUGCGAAAGGCAACCCAGGGCCACCCCGUCGUCCAAUCCUCCCAAAUCACACCGCCAAUAUCUGCGAAAUCCAGUUUCAACGGACCCAUAAGCAGCUCUUUCCCACCGGCAGGCGCUGCUGCGAUGUCUCCAAUGGGUACACCUAGAAAACAGUCUAGUCUGGCCACGCCCUCUAAGGAUCCCACUGAAUUCCCGACUUUCGGAGAAACGGUCAGCCAAAUGGGGAGCAGUCCGUAUUCAAGCCGGCCAAAUGUGUUUGGAAGUCCACCUAAUAGACUGCCCAGAUCCACUCAUGACUCCACCCAAAGCCUCCCGCCUCUCCAGUUGAACAUUCGCCCAUCUUCUGGCGAUCCAUUUUCGGGAUAA